AUGCCGUUCGAAGCCAGAGAUGACAAUGUUGACCCUGACGCAAUCGGUAACCACUACCACGACGACGGCCUCCUAUGGCAAACCCACUAUGCCGCCGUAGAAGUUUUUGACUAUCCCCAUGCGACAAUGCAUAUGAAAAUAUUCUGCCAAAGCUACUGGGGCGAACUUCACGACCUAACGUUUUCCUACAAACGUGGUAGUACUAAAGAACCAGAAGAAGAAAACGCAUGGGAGACCAAAUUCCGUCAAUCCCUUGCCAGACCCGGUACAGACGAAGCCGCAAUGAUGCAUACACCGCUCGCUGCAGUCGUGCGCUACGACACUGGCAAUCCGACCACGCAUUUGUUUUACAUCAGCACCGGUUUCAAAAUUAGGGAGGUCAUUUGGAAGAAUGGUAGUCAGACGAAUGAUUGUUUGGGAAUUACGGUUUGUCCGACUAGUAGUCUUGCGGUGACGAAGUGGGGAGCGGGGAGUCAGACGCAUUUUAGGCUAUACUACCAAUCUAAAGCCGGCACAAUCGAAGAGCAUUGUCUCGAUUGUAAUGCUGGUACCUGGACGAAAGGCGCAACUCUGAGCGGCCCAGUAUCCGCCUACGACGACGAUUCUCCACUCCGCGGUACAUCUCUAUCAUUCAUCAAUCUAGCUCAGGAUAAACCAGAACUCCGUGGUUACUUCCAAACAGCUAAGGGUUCUAUUCAAGAGUUCACGUACAAGGGUACCAAAUGGUCAACAAGCAAAAUAGGAGUAGAUGCAGCACCGUUUAGAACUCCACUAGCGGCUAUUACAGUAGAAAAGAACAAAAUAGCAGCAUUAUACUAUGUCGAUGCAUAUAACAGGAUUAACGAGGUAUUAUGGGAAGGUGACUGGGAGGGCUCGGAGAGGAUAGACGGGGAGAGUGUGGCGCCCGGUACGAGGCUUGCGGUAGCGUCGUUGAAAUAUAUUGGCCAUGAUAAAAUUCAUAUGUUCUCUUCUGGGUUGGUAAAUGUAAUUACGCAAAGGGUAUGGACAAGGGAGAACGGGGCGUGGGGAGAUAGACCGACUAUUGUGGAUUUCGAGGCACCAGUGCAGGUGGAAGUUGAGCCGGGGCUUGAUCCCGCAAUCCACUUAACGAAGCCGACGAGAGAUGGAAGGAGGGUUUAA